AUGGAGAGGAAGCGCAAGCUCCCAGCACGAGCUGCUGCCCGCGUCGAGCAAGUGUCCAAGAAGCGCACCGCCACCCCUCCUGCCGACCGCUCGCUCACGCCCAAGACUGCCACGCCUCAGCCAGAGCCAGUGCCAGUGCCUGAACCAGCAGCGCGGCUACCGACCACCAUAUCCGCCGGUGCACCCUUGCCCAUCGUCGACAAGGAGCAGUCUGUUGACCUCCCCAACAGAGACUACCAGUCUGUACAAGAGAGUGGCGUCCUGAGCGAGUCUCUUUCACGAUCGCGUCAAAAAUGGAUUCACGAAGGCAUAUUCGAAAAGUACUGGACGAAGCCCACGAAACGAAAGGGUGUCGUCAAGGAAGAGCCGAACAACCCGCCCAAAGAUAGUAUGGUCAAAGUCGGAACUGUCACGAUCACGGUCGAGCCGCACGUCAUCGAAGCAACAAUGUUCGCCGUCAAGGAUCCGAAACCACCUGUGCCUGCUGCCAACGCCGCAGCUCGCCCUGUGAUGCAGUACGGCCCUCCGAAUGGCUCUAUGCCCCCCCCACCAAGACCGACCGCCUCCCCAACUCCUACAAAGCAGAGCCCCAAGCCUGGGUUAACGUCUGCCGCCCAGAACAUGCCACCAACAGCUCAAGGAACCGUUCAACCGCAAGCUUCACCUUCGCAAACACCAACGCCGCAGCGAGCUCAACUCCCGAGCGAAUCGCUUCCUUCUCCACAAAGGACAACACCUGGUACACCAGCGGUAGCUCACUCCGAUAUACAGCCUACUACUUCGCGCGCCCCGAGUACACCAGCUUCGAACCCAUCUUCAGCCGCACCACAAGGUCCUGGGCCUGUGUUGGCGGUAUCACAAAUGCCAGCAAGCAUUCCAGAUGGCGCCCCCGGUGCGAUGGCCCCUGUGGUGAAGGUAGAACCUGGCCAGCCUCGACCCAUUCCACCACACCCACAGCAUACCACACCAAUUGCUGCAGGUCCCAACCCUUCGGCGUCUAAUGGAGCUGUCAAGCCAGGCACGCCGAACAACAAGCCAGGUGCCAAUCUACAGCCUGGGGCUGAUCCAAUCAUUGUCACCCUGGCCGAGAAGGCGUCUCAUGAUCCACAGCUCAGGGAUUUGAUGAAGCGGGUCGCUGUAGGCGAGGCAUCACCUGCUGAACUGAAGCAUUUCCAGGGUAUCAUCGACCAAAUCACGAUCGACUACAAAAAGAAGAACCCGCCAAAUCCAAAGGCUGAGGCGCUCGUGGUAACGGGAACAGGCAAGACGGUCAAGUACUUCGCCGACGAAGUCCGGAACAUUCUGAAUAUUGUUUUGAGCUCAAAUCCAGCUCAAAGGUCGUCAGACUUGAGAGUCCCCGUAAACAGUGAUCCCCUGGUCAUACAUUUGGUCAAAAAGGCACUCGAUGUAGCCACAUUCAGGGAAUCCAUCUUCAGGGUCGCGAAUGGGCGUACACAGCAGGCGGACGCCAACGAGAUCAAAAAUGAUCUCGAGAAAUUCAUGCUCACCCUGAGGCAGCAAACGCAAACGCACAGCAGAGCCGGGUCCGAGCACAUUCAGAAUGGUCAAGGCCCGUUACCUGUACCAGGCACCGUCGCAACCCCGAUCGGAAAGGUUCGAAAGACGUCCCAGACAUCGCAGAGCCCAGGAGGCACGCCAUCACAGCAAGCUUUGCGUUCGAAGGGUCCGCCACCAGCCUCCAGGAUGGACAUUUCAGCAGUUGUCCUCGAAUUCGCAGGCGGCACGAGUGAUCGCUACCUAUUCCCGAAGUUCAGCAUACUUGAGCAGACCUCACCACACGAAGUAGUGGCGUCUUUCCUGAUCGUGCGCAAGGGCAGCAAGUCGGAGUAUGGGGGUGACCCUGCGCUGGACUACUACCAGCCGGUAACCAUACGGCUCAACUCACCAACCGCGAGGCAUCUGGACCAUUUCUUCAGAGUUGUUGCACCUGUUGACGAGGUGCAGAGAUAUAUGGACGAUGUGAUGGAUAACAUGACGCGAGCGGAGUACGUCCUUUUAGCAAUGCGUCUGCCUAGGACAGAGAAGGAUACAUCCAUACCAGAGGCAGAAGCCGAUUCGCCUAUUGCAGACGCACUACCCAAGGCUCAGGCGCCAGGUGUGCUCUGGACAUCGAAGCCUCCGGCUGCUGUGGAUUCUCCCGUCCGUGCUCGAUCUCUGCCGAGGGCAAUGGACGAGGAUGACCAUUACCAAAAGUUCAUCUCUACAGUGAGCUAG